AUGGCAUCUAAACCAGGAAUUCUGACUGACUGGCCAUGGACGCCUCUUGGAAGCUUUAAGUACAUAAUCCUGGUUCCUUGGCUUACGGAGAGCAUUUACUCGUUUGUAGUAAAGGAUGAAAAGGAGAGGGACGUUUCCAACUUUGUCAUAUUCCCAUUCAUGUUAUUGAGAAUGCUUCAAAACCAGCUCUGGAUUAGCCUUUCUCGUUAUCGAAAUGCCAAAGGCAGCAACAGGAUUGUCGACAAGGGUAUUGAAUUUGACCAAGUCGACAGGGAAAGGAACUGGGACGAUCAAAUUUUGUUCAAUGCAAUCCUGUUUUACCUAGGGAGCAAAUAUGUUCGUGGAGCUUCCCACUUACCCUUUUGGAGAAUGGACGGUUUGAUUAUAACCGUGUUGCUCCAUGCGGGCCCCGUGGAGUUCCUUUACUACUGGCUUCAUAGAGCGCUGCACCACCAUUAUCUUUACUCUCGCUACCAUUCUCAUCACCAUUCCUCCAUUGGCACGGAGCCUAUUACUUCUGUGGUUCAUCCAUUUGCAGAGCACAUAGCAUACGUCGCCCUGUUUGCAAUACCAUUGUUCACAAUGUUGCUCAAUGGAGCUGGGUCCAUCGUCGCCUUUGCUGCCUACAUCACUUACGUCCACAUGAUGAACAACAUAGGCCACCGCAACUUCGAGCUCAUUCCCAACCAGGUCUUCUCCUUUUUCCCCCCUCUCAAGUACCUCAUGUACACUCCUUCGUUUCACUCGCUGAACCACACACAGUUCAGAACCAACUACUCGCUGUUUAUGCCAAUCUAUGAUUACAUCUAUGGCACAAUGUACAUAUCUUCUGAUACCUUGUAUGAAAAUUCACUCAAAAGAAAAGAAAAAUCACCCAACGUGGUGCAUCUAACGCACCUAACCACACCUGAGUCAAUCUAUCAUCUCCGCGUUGGAUUUGCCUCCUUGGCCUCUAAACCAUACUCAUCUUCUUGGUACUUCUGGCUGCUCUGGCCUGUUACAUUGUCGUCCAUGAUGCUUACCUGGAUUUAUUGUCGCACUUUCGUUGUUGAAAGGAAUCAAUUUGAUAAAAUCAGACUACAGAUCUGGGCCAUACCCAAAUACAAAAUACAGUACCGCUUGCAAUGGCAAAAAGAAUCCAUCAAUAGCCUGAUUGAUGAAGCCAUAUUAGAGGCAGAGGAAAAAGGUGCUACUGUGUUGAGUCUAGGCCUCAUGAAUCAGGGUGAAGAGCUGAAUAGGUAUGGUGGGCUGUAUGUGCACAAGCAUCCCCAGCUUAAAGUGAAGUUGGUAGAUGGGAGUAGCUUGGCUGUGGCAGUUCUGCUAAAUAGCAUACCAGAGGGAACAACCCAAGUACUCCUUAGAGGCAACCUAACUAAAGUUUCUUAUGCUGUUGCCUUUGCCCUAUGCCAGAAGGGCAUUCAGGUCGCUGUAUUGUAUGAGGAUGAUUACAAGAAGAUUGAUAAAUCAUUUGGCACCAAGUUUGAGGGUGUUGUAAUGGUUUAGGAGUC